AUGGAAAACAACCCCGAAUCCAAAACACUGAACGGCCAGCCCGAGGGUCCUGAAGCCCCCUCACAGCCCAAAGAGAGCAUGCAGCUCAAAAAAGAAAUCUCGCUGCUGAAUGGUGUCAGCCUUAUCGUGGGCAACAUGAUUGGACUGUCCCUAGUCAUCUGGGCCAUCGGGGGCAUUUUCUCAGUGGUGGGGGCUCUCUGUUAUGCUGAGCUGGGCACAACCAUCACCAAAUCAGGUGCCAGCUAUGCUUAUAUCCUAGAGUCGUUCGGAGGCUUCAUAGCUUUCAUACGGCUUUGGACAUCGCUGCUUAUUAUCGAACCGACGAGUCAGGCUGUCAUCGCCAUCACUUUUGCAAACUACUUGGUUCAGCCGCUUUUCCCCACGUGCGAGCCCCCAUAUUCUGCCUCUCGCCUCAUCGCUGCUGCUUGUAUAUGCCUUCUGACCUUUAUUAAUUCCGCUUAUGUCAAGUGGGGUACCAGAGUGCAGGAUGUGUUCACUUAUGCCAAAGUGCUGGCCCUCAUCGUCAUUAUCAUCACCGGGAUAGUGAAACUGUGCCAAGGUUACACCAUGAACUUUGAGGAUUCUUUCCAAGGCUCGUCUAAAGACCCAGGAGCGAUUGCUUUGGCACUGUAUUCUGCACUUUUCUCAUAUUCAGGCUGGGACACUCUUAACUUUGUCACAGAAGAGAUUAAGGACCCCGAAAGGAACCUUCCUCUCUCCAUUGCAAUCUCCAUGCCGAUUGUUACCAUCAUCUACAUCCUGACAAACGUCGCCUACUAUGCAGUGCUUGAUAUAAGUGCCAUCCUUGCCAGCGAUGCUGUCGCUGUGACGUUUGCAGACCACACCCUGGGAGUGAUGAGCUGGACCAUCCCCAUUGCGGUUGCUUUGUCCUGCUAUGGAGGUCUAAACGCUUCCAUCAUUGCUGCAUCCAGGUUAUUCUUUGUGGGAGCUCGAGAAGGUCAUCUCCCUGAUGCGUUGUCUAUGAUUCACAUGGAGAGAUUCACACCAGUUCCUGCUCUGCUAUUUAAUUGUGCCAUGGCUCUAAUCUACCUUUCUGUGGAGGAUGUUUUCCAGCUGAUAAACUAUUACAGCUUCAGUUACUGGUUUUUUGUUGGGUUAUCCAUUGCCGGUCAGAUCUACCUUCGCUGGAAGGAGCCGGACAGACACAGACCACUGAAGUUGAGUCUGCUGUAUCCCAUCAUCUUCUGCAUGUGCGUUGUGUUUCUGGUGGCUGUUCCUCUUUAUUCCGACACAGUAAACUCACUUAUUGGAAUUGCCAUCGCUCUCUCAGGAGUGCCUGUUUACUUCCUGGGUAUCUAUCUUCCAGAAUCCAAGCGCCCACCCAUCAUCACUAAACUACUGCGUGCCAUUACUCGUUUCACCCAGUUCACCUGCUUUUGUGUGCUCACUGAAAUGGACAUGGAGUGA